UGAUAGAAUGUGGAAGGGAGCAGAGAGGAAGUUAGGGAGGAACAACGAAAGAUGGCAACAGCAGGGGCAGCAGCAGCAGCACAAGCUGAGGCGCCGAAGAUCGUGUGGAACGAAAACCAACGCAGAUUUGAAACAGAAGACAAGGAAGCCUACAUCGAGUAUGUGCUCAGAAACGAUGGAAAAGUGAUGGAUUUAGUGCAUACCUAUGUCCCUCGUUCAAAGAGAGGAUUAGGUAUGGCUUCUCACCUUUGCGUUGCUGCUCUUAAUCACGCCAAGUCCCACUCCAUUUCCAUUGUCCCUACCUGCUCCUACGUCUCGGACACAUUCCUUCCACGGAACCCAUCGUGGAAUUCUGUUGUGUAUUCAGAAGAUCUCAAAUCAAAUACAGAAGCAACUUCAGAAGAUGUUAGAUCAAAUAUGUAAGCAAUUGAAAUGUGAUUGUAAAAUUAUCUUAUUUCAGCUUUAAGUUGUUCCUGUUUUCUGCUUAUUUCCGGAUAGUUACCCAUCAGCAGAAGAAUUAUUCCUCUGCUCUGCUUUACUUGCGGUAUUUACUAUGUUUAUGCUGCAUUUUCUCUUAUAUUCAUCAAAAUUCAUGUGCUUUCCUAUUUGUUAUAUCAAUUUACAGCCAUAAUUUUGCUA